AUGAGCGCGGAAUGCGCGGAAUAUUACAACACGGAGAAUGUGUUCGUCAGCGCCUUCACGUGCCCAAAGACCGACAACGACGCGCGCGCGGUCUUCUGCUGCGGGUUCAGUGACGUCAAAUACUGCUGCGACGAUCCCAACAGCUUUUUCCCUUAUGAGUAUGGAUAUAUGUGGUGGCUCAGUUUGGGAGCCCUGGUUGGUUUGUCUAUAGCUGCUGUGGUGCUGUUAGCCUUCAUCAUCACUGUUUGCGUGCUUUGCUACCUGUUCAUCGCCACUAAACCUCGAGGGCUGGACAACGGACUGCCUUUACGAGCACCAGAAACCCUGCAAAGACGUAGCUCAGAUGUGGUUCACUGGGUCAAGAAAUAG